UGGGAGGGAAAGCCGCUGGGUCCAGUGUUGAGCAGCGUUCGUGACGUAACCCAAAUCAGCUGUUCGGCCAGGAAACUUUGGAAAUUACGAGAUGCGAAUACCCACUGCCCUCUAUGCCGCCCGUGGCCGAUCCCCGCAGAGCGAGAAGGACGUGCCCUUCCAGGAGAUCCUGCCACUGCGGCUGAAAAACACAGUGAGCGGAAAGGCCGACUCCGGAUCGGAUGUGGCCUGCCUCCAGGAGAUGGGCGUCCUAUUCGCCUGCCUGAAGGACAACGAGUUCGUGGAGAAGUACUGCCACAAGGAGAUCAGCCAGUUCCAGAACUGCUUCAAGUGCUACAUGGACCGCAAAUUCGAGGCUAAGAAGACCGUCAACCAGGGAAUCGUUCAGCCGGGCAGCAACCUCAACUACAAACAGCUGAACAAGUACAUGCGCCGCUACCCCAAUCCCCUGUAGCUUAGAGUUUGAGUCGUUUAAUAAUACACUAUUUACAAAGUAA